AUGGGACUGCACAAGUUUGUGUGUGGCGGACAAGUACCGGUUCGGUUCGGUGUGCUCUCUCCGGUCACUCCUUUCCUCUUCCAUUCAUCCCUGCCAGGUGACGGACGCGGGCAUGGAGGCAAUCACGCGCUCCUGCAGAGGCCUGCACAAGUCUGUGUGUGGCGGAAAACUACCGGUUCACAGCAUCACCGUCCUUCCUUGCUCUUGUGUGCUGCUCUGCCAUUCAUCCCCACUCACCAGGUGACGGACGCAGGCAUGGAGGCCAUCGCUCGCUCCUGCGCUGGCCUCAACAAGUUUGUGGCGGACAACUACCGGUUUGGCGGCAAGGGCAUUGCUUCUUCUCUCUUUCUGCUCUCUCCAAUCCCCUUCUUUCACCAGGAUAACCCAUCCCCUUCCUCCUGUGGGAUAUGCAUUCCCAAUCCCCUUCUUCCACACCACCAGGUGACAGACGCAGGUAUGGAGGCAAUCGCGCGCUCCUGCACGGGCCUCAACAAGUUUGUGGCCGACAACUACCGGUUUGGCGGCAAGGGCAUUGCAGCACUGCUGCUGCACUGCACGGAGCUGAACGACCUCACUCUCGUGAACAGUGCCAGUGCAGGUCAACCCCUCCCCAUGCCCGCACCCUCCAAGCAACCCCCUCUCCUGCCCGCCUCGCUCCCCACCACCCUCGCUCUCUGCCGCCUGUGCCUCAAGGACCAACGGAAUGCUGCCAUGUGGCAGCCUGUCAUGGAGGCGUGUGGGGGGAGCCUGGAGACGCUCAUUCUGGGGCGCAACAUGGGCAGCUGGGACGUGGCACUUGAGGGGCUGGUUGCACGGAGCAAGACAGCCGUGUUGAGACAGGUGAGAGGAGUAGAAAGGGUUCGGAAUGAGACUGGGUUUGGAAGGGGUGUGGAGGAGAGAGGAGGCGUGUGGGGGCAGCCUGGAGACGCUCAUUCUGGGGCGCAACAUGGGCAGCUGGGACGUGCUCACCUCGUUUUCAACUCUCCCCUUCCUCGCCAUUCCCCUCUUCAGUUGCUCGUGGAGAAGACCCUCUUGUCGGACCGUCCCCUGCAUGGCCUGGCCCAUUGCCCUCAUCUGGAGCUCAUAGGCGUCGUGCACUCGACGCACUGCACACAGUGGUCCCUCAACUCACCUUAUUCUCCACUCUCUCCUUGCCGUCCCCCCUUCAGGUGCUCGUGGAAAGGCAAUCUUAUUGGACCGCGCCCUACACGCCCUGGCCCACUUCUGGUGGAAAAGACACUCCUCUCCGACCAUGCUCUGCACGCCCUGGCCCAGUGCCCCAAUUUGGAGCUCAUGGGCAUUGUGCACUCGCCGCACUGCACUGACGAGGGCAUGGCCGCUGUGGCGGCUGGGUGCCCGCAGCUGCGGUGGGUGCACAUCGACGGGUGGGCGACGGGGCACAUUGGGGAUACUGCGCUUACGGCCAUCGCCAAGCAUUGCAGUCAGCUGCAGCUGCGGUGGGUGCACAUCGAUGGGUGGGCGACGGGGCACAUUGGGGACGUUGCGCUUACGGCCAUCGCCAAACACUGCAGCCAGCUGCAGAUGCUGUGGGGGCACAACGACGGGCGGGCUACGGUGCACAGUGGAGAAAUUGCUCUCACGGCCAUCGCCAAGCACUGCAGUAAGCUGCAGGUGCUGAUGCUACCAGUGUGUCGCUGA